CCGCGAACGUGACGUCACAGGCUUGUCAGCACCUAUCGCGGGGCGGUACGCGGUGAAACAGCUAAGCUAAAAUAUGUAAUCCUCGAAGAACCUGACUCUGGUUUUUCCUUUCUCUUGGUUACAUUAUUGUUAUCGGCGUCGACAUACAUGGUGACGAGUAACUAGAAUUUAAAAAGACAAAUUUUCAGCUGGGUUUGUGUCAGUCAGCUGAAGAAGAAUGGAAGCUGUGAACGCGUUCAACACGGAGUUGUUCUCCAUGAUUGACAUGAAGCCGCCGAUAUCUCGAGCUAAGAUGAUGUCUGUCACCAAGUCAGCCAUCAAAGCCAUCAAGCUCUACAAGCACGUCGUCCAGAUUGUUGAAAAGUUCAUCAAGAGGUGCAAACCCGAGCUAAAGGUGCCCGGCUUGUACGUGGUGGACUCCAUUGUUCGCCAGUCGCGUCAUCAGUUUGGCGUGGACAAGGACGUCUUCGGGCCGCGCUUUGUGAAGAACUUUACAGACACCUUCCAGAAUCUUUACCAAUGCCCAGAGGAUGAUAAGAGCAAAAUUGUCCGCGUGUUGAACCUGUGGCAGAAGAACGGUGUGUUUGACUUGGACAUCAUUCAGCCGCUGAUGGACAUGGCUAAUGGCCUCCUGUUACCCGCACCUUCAGUUGAAGCUUCCACAGAUCCACAGCCUCCUCCCAUGGCAGCGGCCCCUGUCGUGCCAACUUCAUCACAGAUGCCCACUUCCGAUGCCUUAGCCGCGGUGGCCCAGCUGUUCCAGUCCCCGCAUGGUCAGGAGCUCCAGAGGAUGCUUCAGAACUUGCAGCAGGCAGAAAAGACCCACACGGCCAAUAAUGCAAACGAGCCAAAUACUCACCAGGUGAAUUUGGCCCACCCCGAAAUGCUUCGUGCGCACACAGAAGAAAGGAGCACCCUCGCUGAGAAACUGCUAGACCGGUUUGACUACGAUGACGAACCUGAGGAUGUAGCAACAGAAGACACAGCAGGCUCUUUAGGCAACCCUGAACAGAUGCACAACAUGGAGACGAUUCAUCCACUUCCAAUGGAACAGAAUGCAAGCAGCCUUGAGUAUGGUGGAGCGGUGAGUCAUGCAGAGCAACACAUGCUGCCAGACGGAUACCAUUCCACAAAUGACGUGCAGAACUCCAAAUCACAAGAGGCUUCAAGGGAGGAUCCAUCUCUUCAUAGAGAGGGCCGACAUGGAGCCUAUGGCAGGAGAAGAUCUGGUUCCAAAUCUCCAAGGAGAAGACGGUCACGCUCGUCGUCGCGCACGAGAAGGCCCAAGCACAGGCGCUCCAGAUCGCGCUCGAGAGAGAACCGCUGGCGCUCCCAUUCGCAGGACAGAAACGAGCGAGAGCGUGAUCGAGAGCGGCGGCAGAAGGGUCUCCCGAGCUUCAAGAGCCAGACGCUCAGUGUGUGCAGCACAACACUGUGGGUUGGUCAGCUGGACAAGAAAACCCAGCAGUCGGAUGUCAUGUCCCUUCUAGAGGAGUUUGGCCAGAUUGAGUCCAUCAACAUGAUUCCCCCGAGAGGUUGUGCCUACAUUGUGAUGGUCCACAGACUUGAUGCCUACACAGCCUUGAGCAAGCUCAGUCGUGGCUCGUACAAAGUCAAUGGGAAGCCUGUAAAGAUUGCGUGGGCUUUGAACAAAGGCAUAAAGGUAGCACACAAAAAGUUCUGGGACGUGGAGCAAGGAGUCACCUACAUCCCCUGGACCAAAGUGAAAGCCGAAGAGCUGGACAGCUACCGAGCAGGCGGAAUGCUGGACCUGGACACGCUAAGUGAAGAGUGGAAAAGCAUUCUGGACCUCAACAAGCAGCUAACGGCAGCGCCUGUGAAUGGCUUGUUGGAAAGCGUGCCGGCAGGUGGGAGCGUCGAGGCUCAGAUUCAGUCUGGCAUCCAGUAUGCCCCAACCACAGACAAGGGCUGAGGCUGCCUCAUUGAGUAGAGCUCACAGAGGACGCUCCAAAGAUGAUUACAUUUGGAUUCACUGGUUAUCUUUUUGAUGAAAUUUGGAAAAAGACAAGAGCAGCAUGCAGAGGUUGCGACUCAAAGAUAAAAAAGACAACUUCGACGAGGUCCAUCUUUCAGAUGCAGGUAAGCUAUCCAGUUUAGCUUCACAGUUUAGCUCACCAAUAGCUGAUCACAGGUUAACUAAACUUCACCUCAGUUUAUGCAUUUAAGUGAAAAGACAAAGUUGUUGACAGUACAUUACGAAACAGAUUUAAAAUGUUAGCAUAGACGCAUACAUAGACUGACCCUUGAGGGGCUCUUCUGGUAGCAGCGUGUCAACCAUAUUGGGUGUUGCAGGGACGCGCGGGAACUAAUGCAAGUAAACUGACUGAACUUCAUAAAGCGACAACCUACAAAGUACAGUUAAUACGUUAAUGCCUCUCAUUCACCCAUUUACUCACACAAACUUGUAUAUCUGGGAAACAGAGUGGCACCAAAAACAUGUUUUUAAAUCUGACCAUAACAUUUACUCCACCUGCAGUAUAUUUCAAUAUUUAUGAGCACAGUAACGGUGUUAGAUAUAUUGGUAGCUUUAAACACUCAUGCAAUUCUUGGGGGGGGGGGGAACGUAUUCUACUAAAUAUUAAGAAAGAUGUAGUUGGCCAUAAAAUGUUAUUUUUUUGUGUGCAUGUAUUUUUAGAGGUGCAAAUGUACUUUUUGUGUAAUGAUCAUUGACAAAUUGUAUCACUGCAGUAUAUGUUGUGACUGCGCAAUAUUGUGACUUAUGACUUGCUUGAAGCAAGUAAUGACAUUUGGUGGUGACUUUUUUGGGGGAGGAGGGCUUGCUUGAGACUUGCUUGUGACUUGUACAUCUGUGACUUACUCCCACCUCUGCAAGAUACCACCACCAAUUUGCUCCUUUAUUUGGGUACUAUGUCCAUGUUUCAAGAACUGAAGGCAGACGUGCAAACCAGUCAGCUGCUGAAAGUUUAAAAAAAAUAGAACUUUGUCAAAAUUUACGUUUACUAGCAUUUAAAAAAAUAAUAUUAAUUAAAGCCUUUUAUGCAGUUUAACCAGCGGAAUGUUGGUGUGCAGUUCAUUUGAUCAGAUAAAUUCUCAGAUUUUGUCAACAAAUAUAUCAGCCCUCAAGAGUAUGUGUAAAUUGCAUCAACGAAAAUGUAUUAGCAAAAGUGAAUAGGUGAUGUUUGAAGCCCUCGGCGAUGUAGAAAAGUCAUUCGCUGGAUAUUGUUCGCCAUCUUUACGUGUCAAUUAAUCCUGCAUCCACUAUCUGGAUUUGCACUCUGAUUUCACGGUGUCUUCCUUGGCCCAUGCUACGCCUCUCCACACAGUUAAGUGGAAAUCUGCUCUUUUGGAUUCAAACAGGUAAUGCACACACGAAAAACCCAGAACAAAAAACUUUUAAAUGGCACUCAGGAAGAGUCCAAACCUCCGCCAAGCCCACAAUUAUCCCAAUUUGGAUUAGUUCCAUAUUGUAUACUUUUAUAGAUAUUUUUGUCAUUAUAUUCCUGUAAUUCACUAAGACUUUGAUUUAUUGCAUGAAAGUUAAAAAAAAUAAAAAUAAAUAAAAUUUCACUCACAUUCGCAUCUAUGGAAAAUUUAGUCUUGAAUGAAUCUUACAUGCAUUUUUUUGAAUGGAGGAACCCAGAGUAUACAGAGAACAUGCAACCUCCACACAGGAAGACUGGAGCUGGAAUUCGAAAUCCAGAACUAUGAGGCAGACAUGCAAGCCAGUCAGCUGCUGAAAGUUUAAAAAAUAAAACUUCUAGUCGAUUUCAGCAACUAACAUUUCGGAGAGGAAACCUGAUGAGACGAGCACAGGUCGGACAUCACAAUUGUGUCCCCGUCGCAUGAACUGGCACGUCAAUCAAACAUGAUGUUCCGCCAUUAGCAGCGGCAGCACAGAGGAGGCUGGAAAGCACUAAUGGUAAGAGAAUGACGGUGUUUGUUGGGAUGUCAUGAAUUCGUUUUGCCAAGCUACAAAUUGGCAGUGGUUCCCAAUCAACAUCCGUUGUGGAGACGGGAGCAAAAUGUAAUGAGUGGGCGUGGCUGUUGCCAAGAAGCAGUUUUAGCAUAACUGGGCAAUGUGUUAAGAACAAAUAUUACUGAAGGCUGUGCCUUAAAUUUUCAUUCGUCUCCAGCCUAGCAAGACAAACUGGCGCUUGCUUUUCAAGUUAGCCCCUCUACUUGUUCUGAUUUUACCCUCACGGAUCAGCUGACACCCAACCUU